AUGAUCCUGGAGGGCAUGGCAGGGUUGACNGACUCGGCCGUGUACGUGGAGACCCUGGGCUUCCUGGCCGUGCUGACCGAGGCCAUGCUGGGGGUGCCGCAGCUGUACCGCAACCACCUCUGCCAGUCCACGGAGGGCAUGAGCAUCAAGAUGGUACUCAUGUGGACAAGUGGCGACACCUUCAAGACGGCCUACUUCCUGCUGAACGGUGCCCCCCUGCAGUUCUCCGUGUGCGGCCUGCUGCAGGUGCUGGUGGACCUGGCCAUCCUGGCACAGGCCUACGCAUUCUCCCGCCAUCCCCCGAAGCCCACCCCCCACACGGUGCACCCUGCCAGUGCCAAGGCCCUCUGAGGUGGCCUGGAGGACAAGGACAUGGGACUGCUGGCUGCUGGCACCGGCUGGCCACCUGUCCUCCGCGUGGGCCCCUGGGGUGGUGGACAGGUGGGGGCCCAGACGCCGUGUCUGUGCUCACUCACUGGAGAAUGGUGAGGCAGGCAUCACCUCACGGGUGGGACUGUGGUUGUUUUCAGGGUGAUGGAAAAGCAGUUCUUGCUCCCACUUGCUUUCAGAGCACCUGCAGAAGCUGGGAGAUGCUCACAAACCCGGGAACAGGCGGAGCAGGCUAGGCCUGGAGGCUUCUCCAUAUCUCAGCCCAGCCAGUGGCCUCAGCCUGGAUGCAUCCUGUAAACCCAGGCAGGGCUCAAAAUGAGAAGCAGCAUUCGGAGAGCUUGGGCCCCAGCACGCAGGCCCGUGGUCAGAACGGCCGAGAAUGGAUGCACUGCUGGGCGACAUGCGGCGAGGACGCAGGGAAGGGUGGGCUGGGCACAGAGCACGUGACCUGGGUCCUGUGUCCACGUGGAAGGGAAGGCACACCAACGCAUAUGACAUAUGUCCUGGUCAUGUUCCCGGAGUGGCCUUGCCUGGGCCACCUUCAGUGUGGCCGCCUCAUGGGACUGGGACUCAGCCUUUGCCCUCGGCUGGGUAGGGGGCCCAGAGGCCCUGUUGCUAAUGAGCCUCCUUCCACUGGGGGCAAGGGGAUAAGCCCAUAUCCGUGCCAGCUGGGCACUAGCCAGAGAAACCUCACGGGUGUCUGGACCAGAGCCUGGAGUUCUCCAUGAUCCUGGAGGGCAUGGCAGGGUGUGAGUGGCCCACGUGGGCUCCCUGAAGGCCCAGUGCCGAGCGGGCCGCAUGCGGCUUUUUCCCUUUCUCCUGGGAAGUGCGCGCAGUUGCAGCACACAGCCUGUGAUGUCCAUCUUCCAGGAUGGGGACCACUGAGCUGCCCCACACCCCACGCUCUGAGCUCGUGGGCCUGAAGUGACCUUCCAGGGUGGGGGGUGGCCUGGCAUGGGCAUCCCUGCCCAUCAUCUCCCAUCCACAUGGUUCUCAUUCACUGCGUGUGGCUGUGGUGGGGCCACUGGUCUGACACUAGUCACCCACAUUUGUUUCCCUGUCAGUAUUACACGAGCAUCUCAGCUGGGCCAGCCCUGCACCAGCUCCCAGACCCCAGAGGCCAAGUGCUCCAGAUGCUUACGAGUGGCUCCCGCAGGCAGCGUUUCCCUUCUGCUGGGUGGAGGAGUGGCUCCCUGUGCAUUGUCCGUACUGUCUGUGGCCGGCGCUGAAGCUCUCGAGUGUCUGUGGUGGCCAGUGAGAAGUGUUGGAAGCCGUUUCCUCCUCCUGAGUUUUUCUCAAAAACUCCUGAAUGUCUGAGCGAGGAUCCUGCUUAGUUCUUUGGCCUGUAAGAUGCUUUGAAAACAUUUAUUUUUAAAAAUAAAGGGAGAUGUCUGUAGCAGUAAUUGCCUCUAAAUUAAAAUAUUAGUGACUGUAGUGGUGACCGAAUGUGCCCGUGUGUGGGGAUGCUCAGGGUUCUGUCCAUACAGAGAUUUUAAAUCAAUAAACUGCUCAAGGACUGUGA